AUGUUAGCUUUAAUUAUUGCUAUUUUAAUAUUUAUUGGUUGCUAUCAUUUGGAACAAUAUAUUUCCUACAGAAAAACCAAAGUUUAUGAUAGUGAAAUUAAAUUUGCUGGUAGUUAUUAUGUACUAAAUACAACUCCAAAUAAAUUAGUACCAGAACCACUAAAACCAAUACCAGUACCACCACCACAACAACAACAGGCGCAACAAUAUCCAUAUCAACCACUAAAGCCACAACAGCCACAACAGCCACCAAAGCCACAACAACCACAACAGCCAAAGCAAUCUCCAUUUAGUUUUAGUGAAGCUACACCAUUAAGUUAUAUUUUUAAAAACGAAAUUAGAAAUCGUGAUUAUUUAUAUAAAUCUGCUAGCUCACCAUUUUUCAGUCAAACUAUGGGCCAUUCACCACAAAUACCAACUCCACAAUGUCAAUUUCAAGAUAAAUG